AUGACUGGCUCUGAGCUUAAUUGUGCCUACGUGCGCAAGAGAGACCAGGAGGCCGAUGCUGACGGCCUGGUGGAGGAGAUUGGCUUCCAGAACACCGUAGGGGGGGAGGAAAUGAGAGUCACCGAAGCCCGCAUCUCAGACACCUCAGUCAUCACCAAACUGGAUAACAGCCGGGACCUGAACAUGGGCUGCACUGUGACUGAGAUCUAGGCUGACUCUGAUGACAUUGCUAGACACAGCCGGGCUGGGGCUGAGUCCUGGUGCUGCAGCAAGUGCGAGAAGGUACAGGCGACCGUGCAGAAACACACGCAGGGCCUGCGACACAGCAAGGAGGAGCUGAACAGGCUUAACCAGGCCAUCCAGCGGCUGACUGCGGAGGUGAACAGUGCUAAGAGUCAGCCCUGUGAACUAGACAGAGCCAGGGAGCCACGAGCUCUGCAGAAGGAGAGUGCCUCAGAUAGUGCCCAGGGCAAGCUGGCCUGGCUGGAGGCCGCCCUGCAGCGAGCCAAGCAGGACAUGGCCCGGCAGCUGCGGGAGUACCAGGAGCUCAUGAUCGUGAAGCUGGGCCUGGACUUCGAGAUCGCCACCUACCGCAAGCUGCUGGAGGACGAGGAGAGCAGGCUUGGUCUGGGAUUUGGGGCAGGAAGCUUCACCCUGGGCAGCGGGCUGGGCUCAGCCUCUGGCCCCGCCAACCUGCUGCCUCCCCGAGCGGGCUCCGGCGCCCUGGACACGAGCGCCCCUGGCGGCGGCUGCGCGCUCUGCGGCUCCCCCGGAUGCUUCCGGGGCUUUGGCUGCAGUGGUGCCCGCAGAUGUUGAACCUUCCUGCCAUGCUCUGGAGAAAAAGAACCCUAGCUUCUGCCCCAAGGACUUGACCCUCUGUCUCAGACGCCCCCUCCCACGGAGCUAGCCGUCACCUCAUCUUUCCCUCUUGCCUGCCCCCACCCCGGAGCGUAAAGUCUUGGAAUCUAGUUUACCGGACGGUGACUGCCCGGUUUCCAGGGUGAAGAUAGCCCGGAUGCUGAGCCACUGAGGAGGCCGUGUGGCUUACCUGGACCCAGCACCCUGUCCCUCUGACCUGCCCCCACCCCUUCACUCUUAUUUUCCUAGGACUCCUCCUUUGCAAUAAAAGUUCUUCAGUGGACUGAG